GCUAAGAAGGUACUUGCUAAUGAAAUCGUUAGUCAGGGAUCUUAUGAUAUGGAUGACGAAAAUGUUUCGUGCAAUAGAGAAGCAAACAGGGAGACGUGUAGUACUUUAGUUCUAACUCCAAUAAUAAACACGAUAUACCAGGCUCCGCCAUGUAUUCCUUCCAAUUAG